UACAAAUGGCGUGUGCAUCGAUGUCGCGUUGCCCUUGAUUCUCCGAUAAUUACUGUUUUUAAAAAGUAGUUACUUGAUACUUUCAAAAAACCGACUUAUUUAGAUCUGUUCUAGUGCUAGAAGUGCUGUAAACUGUGAUUUGAGGAGUGUUUCAAAUGGUGCCGUGAAAUAUUUGUGUAGCGUCACCUGACCAAGCUCAUUGUCAUUUCCCGCCAUUGUGGACCCUCUGUAAAAUUAUUUCGACUUUCUUCUAUUACCAAGUGCAGUGUUCAUGAAGAAUUCUUAAAACAUUAAUCUAGCGAACUAAAGUGAUGUCAUUACACGGUAAUGAUGUCUGCUUGCUAGAAGUAGAAGACUAUAACUUGUACGAAGAGGAGGCAUCGAAUCACGCUUUUGCCAGAAGUGAAAAACAUUCAGUGUCAGGUGGUAGGACGAUGGAGGCGGAAAAACGCAUUCGACGGGAGAUUGCAAACAGCAAUGAACGCAGACGCAUGCAGAGUAUCAACGCAGGCUUUCAGGCUCUGCGGACCCUCCUGCCCAGGCAUGAAGGAGAAAAACUCAGCAAGGCCGCCAUUUUACAACAAACCGCAGAGUAUAUCUACUCACUGGAACAGGAGAAGACCAGACUUCUGUCACAAAACUGCCAGCUGAAGCGGCUACUGAACCAACACGAGGGUGGCGAGAUCCCUCUCAAGAAGAGAAAAAGCGAAAUAAUCUCCCACAUGGCGCCCACCACGAUCAUCCCCGACUCCACCGACGACAGCGUCACCAACUCGCGGUCGCCCGAACCCGUCGCCGUCAUCAGCAUCGGCGGCGGCAAGAAGGACGCCGAGGGCGCCGAGCUGCGCGUGCAGCUGGAGCGCGAGCGGCGGCUGCGGCGGCUGCUGGAGGAGCGCCUGCACGCCGUCGAGGCGCGGCUUUACCCCGAGCCCGGCCAGGAGCCCGCGCCCACCGAGGGCGCCGACUGCAAGCUGGAGGCGGAGGAGGUGGAGGCGGCGGUGGCGGUGGUGGCGGCGGUGCCGGGGCCGGCCGCCGAGGCGCCGCUGCUGGAGGCGGCCAUCAAGGCGGAGCCGCGCGUGGAGGUGGAGGUGCUGCCGGACGCCGCGCCCGAGGCGGCGCGCCUGUACCAGCUGGCCAGCACGUCGCGUCAGAACCUCGAGACCAUCGUGGAGGCCAUCCGCCACCUCGAGGGCGACCACCUGUUCGGCGACGCGGGCGACGCGCCGCUGGCGCUCACGAAGAAGCCGGCGGUGGCGGUGCAGGCGGUGCCGCCGCAGCGACCCGGCGUCAUCGUGGUGAAGCACUCGUGAUCGCGCUGAGCGCGGCCGAGGGCGAGUAUUUUCGCUUUUGCUCUUUGAGCGUCCGUGACCCUCCUCGAAUGUAGUUUUAAAGUAUUAGUUGUUUAAUUGUCUUUUCCAAAGUGACGGAUCGAUAAGUCUGCGUCUUGUUUUUUUUACGCGUCGGAGUCGGGCCGCGAGCGUCGGGGCCGGGAGCGAACGUUGGCGCUGUGCUUAGUUUAGUCUCAAAUGUAAUUAUUUUAAUGCUAAAUUUAAUGUUAUUUUGUUACUCCGGCUUAAUCUAAUUGAUGACGAAAGAUCGAGGGAUUGACUGAUUCGGUUAAGGUAUUGGAAGGAUGACCGCCGCGGCGGUUCUAGUGAGGUGAGAUAGGUAACAGGUGGGUGAUGUAACAUAGGGUUUGUGAUAAUUUUAAAAUUACUACCUACAGAGUCUGGUUCGAUAGGAAACUACCACCGCGAAAGCAAUAACGCUGAGUAAUCGAUGAUGGUGUUACUGAGAGGUUGUUCGAAAUGAUACAGCAAUAUUUUGCAUUCUUAAUAUUUUACAAGCAUUUUUAGCAAUAUAAGAUAACCUACUAUAUAAUGUAUCACAUUUGACUCUCUGUAGCUAAGAGCGGCGUCUUAUUGCCGCAUUUUGUACUAAUAUAGUAUUAUCAAUAUCAAUUCAUCAUAUAUUAUUCUAAGAUAUGUUUUAUAUAAUACAUGUUUCCCUAAAUCUGAUGUGACGUGAUUAUGAUUGACUUCUAAAUUAUGAAUAUGUAUUGUGUAUAAUUGAUAAUAGUAAUCGACUUAGUCUUUACUGAGUUAGCCAAAAUUGUAUAUCCAGUGUCUCAUUUUCUAUGCUUUUUACAAUCUCCCAGUGCUCGGUUCGCCCUCGAAAUUAUAGCCAUUAUUUACUAAUGAUGACAGUUGUCAAUAAAUAAAAUAUAGAUAGUAUUGUUAGUAUCCGAAAUUAGAGCAUUCCAUGUAGUUUCACACGUUACUAAGAAUCAAUCUACAUGUAAAACAUAGAUUGGAGAAUGAGUUAUUAUGUAUUGUAUUAAAAUGAAUAGCAUAAUUCGGUAAAUCCAAUUAAAAUAAUCAUGGGCACCGUUGUAAAGUAAAUGACCUGCUUCGUUGAUGGCAGCCAUGCCCGCGUCUGCUGGCAAGUCUGCUAAUGCUGGGAAAGUGGCAUUUCAAGGAAACCAAUUUAAACAAACCUCGUUUGUGCCGUUUCCUUCAUGGCCAUUGUUAUGUUUUUAGCUGAAUUAUAGGUAGUCAAUAAAUUGAAGUUUAGACAAACGGUCGAUUUCUAUAGUUAAAUAGAUAACUUAGCACAGAAUAUUGGGCUUGAAAAUCUCGCUCGUUUUAAAAAAUGUAACAGGAAUUGGCGAUAAGCAGGCACUCCAACAAUUGAUGAUCUAAUCAUGUAUUAAAUAAAUUACAUUAGUGUAUAUGUUCUGUUACUAUUUGUACUCUUAUUAAGCCGUAGAGUGCGGGCCCGGUGAGCUCGCGUUAGGUAAUGAUCAUAGACUAUUAUCGUUUGCUUCAGUGUGCUGACAUUUUGUUAAAGACGUAACGUACAGUGCUUUAGGUUAACGCUUUCCCUUGUAAGUUCUUAGAAUGUAUGUUAUUUUAGUUCGACUCAGCAACAGAGUGGAUCCGCGUCGUGUUGACAGUGUCGAGAUCCUCCAGGGUCGUAUUUUUUUUUAAGACUGAUCACUUGUUCAUUAUUAAGUUCUGUAAAUUGUGCCACCAUAUUGGUAGUGAGCCGUGUUAGUGCGAGUGUGUAACGAAUGUGUCGCUCGUAUGCAUGCGAGUAACCCGGCGGCGUCGUAGAUCUUGUACUUCAAAUUUUUUGUGUAAGUGAUAAUUAGUUAAGUGAAUACGCGCCGAAGUUUUAUAAACGCCUUGAUUUUAUAAGAUCUUUACCCUGCCGGGUUCCAAUGCGCGCGUGACAUGAACACGUAGUUGUUAAAUUAUGUCCGAUAUUGACAUGAAUCGUAACUACAGCUUGCGAAGAAGCGGUCUGUAAUCUAUAAGUAUACAAUUAUGUGUAUAUUAAGAUGUAACAAAGUAUGACAUUUUACUUUGUACGUUACUCGUUUCUCUGAGCAGUUAGGAGCGGUAAAUGAUCUUCCUUAAUGCAAUCUCACUGCAGCUGGCAUGGAGGUUGCACGGGGAGAGCCUCUGGUGUAUGUUCUUGCUCUGUUUCUGAGUCCGUAGUUGUAAGAUUUGUCUGCCUACCGCCUUUACAUGUCAGUAUAGGAUAAAACAUAACUUGUAACAUAACGGACUCGGUUAUACUAUUACUAUUAGAGUAGUCAAAAUAGUAGUAAGAGAUUUUAAGUCAAAGAAAACAAGUUGAAUUGUUUAAAUGUGUUAUUAUUUAUGUCUUAAAGUAUUAAAAUGGUUAUUUCUUAUUAAUUAGUUGGUAAAUGAUAUUUGUCUGUAUAUUCACUCAUGCUUGUUUGUCACAGAUCUGAAACCAAUAAAACAUGAGACACUUUCAGUAAUAUUUAAGGAAAAGUUUUGUUUGUGGCGUCAAGUGAUUGAAAUUCAUGUAUAUUAGUUUAUGAGACAAGUGGUUAAGUGAAGACUGAUAGUAAUUUGAUAAUUAACAGGACCCUGUAAUAUGGUGUUAUGACGAUGUAACAUAAAUAUAAACCAGUAAAAUUAGCCAAUAACAUAGCUGUAGUUCUGCUGAAAGUGACUGAAGCUUAUUUAUAUUUAGAAUAAGUUUUGUCUAGUGUUGUGAUGUUGUCAAAAACGUUGUCCAUUUUGUAUGAGAAAUAUUCUCAGCUAGAAGUUGAAUCCUUGUAUACUAAAAGAUUGUUUACGCGCUUCGGCUGGAGUCGCGCGUCUAUGAGCUGCGGUUUCCGCUUAUCAUCAGGCGAACCGUAAGCUAGGUUGCCACAGUGGUGUAAUAAAAAGAAUGUUCUUUAGAACGUCAUAACACUAGUGAGGUUGUAUUCUGCAAAACUACAGGCGCAUUAUCUGUGCAUGACCCAUAUUUAGAUACUUAUAUCUAGUCUAAGGUAGGUUCAUAGGUUUAAGAUCACAUUCUCCAGUUAAGUGAAGUAAUCAAGGUAGUGUUGACCACUCACACCUGUCACUGGUGAUGUUGCCCUGUUUUAUUGGUUUCACGACUUAUUCGUUGUGAAUAUUUCCAUUUUCUACACUCUAUCGUAUUCUAACUGAUUAUAAUAUGUACUAGUUUUAUAUGGAGGUUAGUAACUGUGUGUAGCUCUAUUUACUGAAAUAUAGGCGUUCAUAAUCAUAGGGUCGAUGGAACACACAAACUAGUUUAGUUAAGGUUUGCCGGCGUAAUUUGUUCUCUGCCGCAUAAUACGCAGGAAGAUAUACAAAAUUAGCUUUGUACCAUCAAAAAUUGCAUUUAUUGAUAGUAAGUUUAUUUUGUUUCAAUAUCUAGGUUAGAUUUGUUUUUCGUCUAGCUUAGAUUCACAUUUUAGUCUACUGUUAGCGGAAGGGCAUGAUCGCAAAUGAUUCUCAUUGAUAUUAACGUUAUCGCUGCUAUGUUAUGUAAUUUACUUUUAAUUCCAAUUGACGUCAAAAAUAGUACCUAUAAUAAUUUAUUCUCUCAUAAAUAGAUCUUAUUUGGCAAGUUAUGGGUGGUCGAAUCAGUCUUUGGUCUCCGGUUGACGCCGUACGCUCCUUACGGCGUCACAAGGGAAAGACAACAUUUCAGAACAUGACGAUGUACGCAGCGUAUGGCGUCAACCCGGAGAUCAAGGCUUAUUUUUUGUGAGAAUCAACUGCGAUGUACUGAUCAAGUAGCAACACUAGGUCAGUUCUUUAAGAAACAAACCCUCUCGCUAGCACGCUCAUGUUCCUAUAGUAGGCACAUAUUGCAACGUCUUUUAUAAUUCAAUAAUUAAGAUAAUGAUAAAGUGUAGAAAAUAAUGCAUGGGCGUUUCCUUUUUGAUAUGAAAUCGAUAAAAUAUAUUUCCUCUGAUUUUAAUUGUACCACAUUUGACCUAUAUUUACGAAUAUUUAUAAAACAUUGAUAAA